AUGGAGGGAUCCAGCACUGGCUUCCGGAAGGAGCUGGUGAGCAAACUGCUGCACCUGCACUUCAGGGACGAAAAGACCAAAGUCAGGGGCGAUGUACUGCAGCUCACGGCAGAGUUGCUAAGGAUUUUCACCAUGGAGGCACCAGUCCACCGGGUCUGGCAGGCCCAGGCAGAGGACGUGAUCCAGGUGGAUGUGGAGCAGCUGGAGAAGGUGCUGCUUCAGCUGCUCCUGGACUUCUAG